AUGCAGCCGCGCUACCAUCACAAUCACAACUUUGGGUGCAACAGCAAGCACAACGACAAAGCUACCAGCUAUACGACGGCGGGACAAACUGCGGAGGAAGUGUUUCCGCCAUCAUACUACAUUACCGACGGACUCAGCCCAAUCAAUUCUUCUAUUACCAAUGUCACCUACAUACCUCAGGAUUACACGUCCGAUCUAAGCGGAUAUCCCAAGGUAUAUGCGGAUCCCAAAAAUCCCCAAGUUCCUUACUACGUGGGCUAUACGCGCGAGGUCAACGGUGGCAUAAAGGUAGACGGCAACAACUACACGCUGGUCUACUCAGGCUUUUACCGCGCGCCGACAACCGGGAACUAUACAAUCUGUGCAUCCGCCGACAACGCCGACUACUCAUAUCUUGGUGGCGGCGUUGCUUUUAACUGCGGAGAUGGUAAGCCUGAUGUCAACGCGACGGCAUUGAAUGGCGCAUCGGCCGGAGGAAACUACGUUAACCCGGUGUCCUGUGGCACUGUGCAGCUGUUUGCAGGUGAAUUUUACCCGAUCCGUAGCGUUUUCGGUAAUGGAGAUGCCGUCUCUGCUUUCAAUCUCACCAUCCAGGCUCCUGGAGCAGUUAGCGAGAACGAUAAUGCAGGAUAUCUCUACCCGGUCAGCUGUCGACUGUAG